CCGGACUAGGAAGGUCGCGAAAACCUUCUUGAUAAAAAGAGGCUUGCUGCAGACACGUCUCUAAUGCACCCAAGGAAACUUGAAUUCUGUGGGCGGCACAUGCUCAUUGACAGGUUACAGCGCCGUCAGACACUCCCGCGGACUUUGGAAGCCCUCGAUUGCAAACCCAAGAUCAUGCAACGACAUGGCAUAUCUACUGGGCUGGAAAGACAUCUUGCGUCCCAUUCGUGAUGGCUAUCGUCAUCUGUUUCCAUCGCCAGACACGGGUCCAACACCAGAGGAACGUCAAAAGCAACGUGCUCUCGAUCGGCUGAAAGGGUUCACCUACUUUGACACCUUCGAGCAGCUGGAGGCGUGGACCGACGCAGACACCGAUCCAUUACAGCGAGCCAACACGCCUUUGUUGGUGCGUUCGGGUAGAGAAGGCGAAGACCUAGGCAAAGCCAAUGUCCUACUGUGCCACGACUACGCCGGCAACUACCACGACCAUGAAGGCACGUCGAGCGUCGGUCUGGACGAGGAGAAGUAUACGUGUGAGUAUCUGCAGUACAUCGAUACUCUUAUAUACUUCUCGCACAAGCUUGUAUGCAUUCCGCCACCCACCUGGACCAACACUUUGCACCGCAAUGGAGUAAAGGCGCUUGGCACAAUACUCAUUGAGCCGCAAACGCCAGACUCAGAGAAGUUGUUGCAGCAUGGUGCUGAUGGCCUAUCCUUCCCACUAGCUACAAAGCUCGCCAAGAUUGUUGAGCACCACGGGUUUGAUGGCUGGCUGGUGAAUAUCGAGAAGUCGUUCCCAACUGCAAGCUGGGAUGCAAACGUCCUAGCAGCCUUUCUUCAACAACUGAAGUCGGAACUUGGAGCCGGGAAACAGCUCAUCUGGUGAGCUGCACACAUUUGCUUUACGGGUCUUUUUAACCUCCUAACAGGUACGAUGCUUUGACUAUCUCUAACAAAAUAUCCUAUCAGAACGCUCUCAACGGACUCAAUCU